AUGUACAACGAGAAACUCCCGCGCUGGAUACCGAUCUUACUGUCGUGGCUUGGAGGACUGUCAACCUUACACUACAAGACUCAUUUCGCCACUCUGUUCAAACAAAUCCAGAAGACUGAUCUAUCAGACAGAGAAAAAAGGCGCCUGGUCAAACAGGUUGUGGAUUUUUCUGCCGCUCAGAAAAAUGGAUUCAUUGAUGCAUACAUGGAGGUAUUCAACGUGCAUGAUCGAAAAAUAGCCUUUUCGAAGUUGCACGGCUGCGAACAGCAUUAUCAACAGGCGGUCACUCGUAUUUUGAAAAAUCACAAAGUUGUGAAGGUUAAUAUGGUGGGUACUUGGAAGAAACUGUGUCAAGAGCUUCUUCUCCCGGAUGAACCUGGACUUCCGAAUCUUGACCAAAGACUCAAAGACUUGCGACGAUUAUUUCCAUUGGCGAAAAAGUGGAUCGAUUGGUGGUACGCGGCGGAUGUCCAAGCCAUUCUCUUCCCUGCGCAUAAGCGUAUUCCUGAAGAUGACCCGCCAUUGCCUGAAGAAGAAUCCGAUGACAAAGGAGAGGCUCAACCACGCCGCUGCGCGGAUUUACCCAAAACGACCAAUGCGCAGGAAUCCUUACACCGAGUCUAUUACAUGCUCUGUGAUGGCAAGUGUGGGAUCAUCGGCGGGAUGAUUCAACUGUUUGCCUUUGUAUCAAGUUUAGAGCGCGACUACGAGGCACGAUGCAAAGGCAUCGCAGUAACUUACGGUUCCAGCAAUCAAAAUUGGCAAGAUGUUGUUACGUCUUUAGGCAUGGCCAAACCCACUAAACGCCGAUAUGUUGCAAAUGACGGCCGUGCACCGGAUACCACCCAAGAACUGCUUGAUGGUGCCAAUGCUAAAUCCGGAAAACCGUCCAAGAAGAAAGGUCCUGGACGUCCUCGAGGUUCCCAGAACGUCAAUCGAAGUGCUUUGACGACAUACAAGUCUUAUACGUCAGGCACAACCAUUGGAACACUGAAUCGAUGCUGGCAGACUGCCACGCUGGAAUCCCUCUACGCUCUUUGGGGUCCACUUUGGAGUGACCACACACACGUCAAUGGGACAUCUUUGCCCACGAUAAUCAUUCAACAUUUCACCGGACGUUGCGAUGGUGAAAUGAAUGAAGGGAAACACCUCGGCAGUUUAUUGAAACGAGGCCAGAACAUCAUAAACAAAGCCAUUCAAGCUCUCAAACCGGAGUCUUACACGUCCGACAAGUUUUGUUCUGCCAAUGGAUUCAUGGACAUGAUAGUCGAACACCCGCACACAAGGCCUCUUUUUGCUAUCAACGUGACUAAGACCUUGAUAUGCCAUUGCAACAGCGCUCACAAUCGAGCUACAACUCGAUCUUUGGGUGGUUUCCGUCUUUUCCCCUCGAUAUUCAGGGAGUCUGUGGUUGCUUAUGGUCAACUGGACCUAUUGCUAGAAGAAUUAUUCACUGAAGGUGUCCUCACCGAACCCGGCCUUGUAUGCCGACAAUGUCAUCCAAUUACGAAAGGCCAGGAGGAAGAGGACCCAACAAUGUAUGAUCAACGUAUGAAGAUUGAACAUACAUCCUUACCUUUGCAUCUCUACUUUCUCAUGGACAACGUCAUGGCUUUAGAUACCAAGGAAAGAGGACAUUACAUGGGCGAGUCCAACUGGCCCGCGCGUAUAGUAGUUGGUGAAGCCCAAUAUCAGAUGGUCACCCGUGGAUUCUGGGGUGGCAAUCAUUAUUGGUGCCAAGUGGUGCGCUCAGUUGAAGGCGUUUUGGGCGUAUGGCAUUACGACGAGCUCAAGAAUGCAGGAUUUGCUCAGCUAAUAUCCCGCGACGUAGACAGCAUUUCUGGGUGUAUUGCUGACACCGGCUGGACAUGUUACACGCGGGUUCCAUUCAAAGCUGAAUCUAUCAAGAUCAAACAAGCCCUUCUGGACAUGAUGAAGAAGUUUCCAACCCGUCACCUCUCAAUCCCUUUCACAUUGCCUACCAGCACGAUGCCAUUUGGAGGAGGCCUUCCUUCUCUCACUGACGACGGCCUUUUAACCAACGCCUUACCCGAAGAGGCUUCUUUGCCAGUUGGUACUGAUGCUAAUGCUGAUGAAGAACACCUCAACGACAACGAGGACGUUCUCUACGACACACUCAAUGUUCUCUACAAUACCGACGAGCCUCUGAGCAAUAAUGACGAGCCUCUCGACCUCAAAUUCGGACCUCUUGAUCAUGUGGGUGUCAUACAAACCGAAGACGCCGACGUGGAGGUUGAUGAGCUAUCUCAUCAACCUUCUGAGGAACUCGAGACGCCUUUGAACCCUGUCAAAUUGAGGAUCAAGUUGGCCAUACCAAAUUCAAAUUUGAAUUCGUCAAAUUUCGAUGAGGACCUUGCACCACCAGUAGCCUCCACAGACGUCCAACCACGUAAUGUCCCUUCCUUAACUAGUUUUCAUGGUUCUUUGCAGGACACUGACUUGUUCCCAAUGCUGCAUACAGGUACCAAGCGCACGCGCAAUGCUACAAACAAGUCUGAUCCCUCACAAGCGGAAGACAGCUCUGCAGCGGCUAAACGAAAGGCUGCAGCUGAUAAGCGCAAGGCUACAGCUGAUAAGCGCAAAGCUGCAGCUGCAAAGGGGCGCCAGGCUGCGGCGGAGAACCGCGAGCGGCUUAAGAAGUUGAGGGAAUAG